CCCCCCACUCCCCACCGUUCCAACCCUUCUCUCCCGCACCUGCACCCGCUCGGCCAACCCUAGCCGCCGCCGCCCCCGCGCCAUGGUCGUCGACGGCGAGGAGCCCGAAUCCCCACGCCUCCCUGUCCUCAAGUGGGUCAUGUCCCCCGCCAUGGCCACAGCGGGCCUUCCGGAUCCGCGCCAUCGAUGAGCUAGAUCCGCGCCUCCUCGCGCCGCCGACGUCUGACCGAUCCAGAUCGACACCACCACCCUCUCAUCCUCAUGCGCCAAGCGCUGCCACCACCAUCAAAUCGCGGAGCAUCGCAUCUGAUGGCGUCCCCGGCGCGGCCAGCCUCCGUCUCCGGCCCCUUCGCCCUCGCCCCGGACCUCGCCCGCUGCUCCUUCGACCACACGCUCCGCCGAGAGGUUCAGAAAUGUGUACAAGUUCUGCAGGAUAAGCAAGAGCUUGCUGAAACUCAGAACGAGCUAGCUAAACUUCAGAUUGUAUAUGAAGAUCCUGCACAAAAGAGUGAAGGUACUGCCCCAUCAGUUUUCAUGGCCAGGGAAAAUGAUGGCAGUUUCCCAGGUGCAAAACACGAGCUUGCCAUUGUCCUGCUGCACCAAUCUAGCCAGAGAUCGCCCGCUGGACAUCGCCCGAAGUCCCCGGACCUCGCCCGCUGCUCCUUCGACCACACGCUCCGCCGAGUGCUGUGGAUACUGUGGCUAAACAUUGAACUUGAGCUCCUUAACACGGAACACGGCCAACAUUGGAUCCAAGUAUGGGAAGCAGAUCAGGUGCUCUGCUCUUGCACAUGUCUAGUGGCGUCUCCGGCGCAGUGGUGCUUCUUGAGGUGACUGGCAUGACGGCGGCUUUGUAUGGCGGUGACCACAAGCUCUCCGGGCGAGUUCCGCGUGGAGUUCAAGCAGAAGAACCCCAAGAACAAGUCGGUGGCCACCAUGAUUGCCUUCAUUCAUGUUUUGACGUGAGCUCUAGGACGAAGUUGGAAGAAGCAAGGCAUGCAGGCCUUCAUGCAUGCUCUCUUAUCCCUCCUGCUCCUAGGGAGAUGCAGGACUUUGUUGUAAUGUUGCCCUUGGAAUUUGGAUGUACUGCUGAUUUUGCUGAGAAUUUGAUGUAUAUGUCCUUGCUAAUUGUUAUUCAAAUGCUGGGAGUUAUGUACAUAUUCUUAGAAUAAUAUUGUUUACCUGAAAUGCAUUUCUGUACUGGAAAAUAUAUUGGCAUUGAAUCUGGUU